ACUAUAUGACCCCAUAUGGGAGGUUCGCGACCCCCCAGGGUGCUGUAGUCAAAACCCAGACAGCUGAGAAUCACGUGACGUGACGUGUAAGCAGCAUGGCGGCGCUGAGCUGAAGUAGCACUGGACUGACACCGAUAGCCUGGCUUUCGUUAGCUUCCCUUGUCACCUGCUCAUUCGCAGGGCCAGGCCGAAGAUGACGGCCUGAGAGAGGAGCGGUAACAAGACCGAGAGAUGCAGCAACAACAACAGCGGCCACCACAGCAGCAGCAACACUCGCAGUCAAAGGCAGAAAACAGUAAAACCAAGAGCAUGUUUCUGUCUCGGGCGCUGGAGAAAAUCCUCUCGGAUAAGGAGGUGAAGAGAAGCCAGCACAGCCAGCUGCGCAAAGCCUGUCAGGUGGCGCUGGAUGAAAUCAAGGCAGAGCUUGAAAAACAAAAGGAUGGCACAGUGGUCCCACCCAGGGCCAACUACAUCGAGGCUGACAAAUACGUGCUGCCCUUCGAGUUGGCCUGUCAGUCAAAGUCCCCCCGGAUAGUCAGCACCUCUCUGGACUGUCUGCAGAAGCUCAUCGCGUACGGCCACAUCACAGGCAACGCCCCGGACAGCAGAACCCCGGGCAAGAGGCUGAUAGACCGGCUGGUGGAAACCAUCUGCAACUGCUUUCAGGGCCCGCAGACCGACGAGGGAGUCCAGCUACAGAUCAUAAAGGCCCUGCUGACGACGGUUACCUCCCCGCACAUAGAGAUCCACGAGGGCACGGUGCUCCUCACAGUCAGGACCUGCUACAACAUCUACCUGGCCAGCCGCAACCUCAUCAACCAGACCACCGCCAAGGCCACACUCACACAGAUGCUCAACGUGAUCUUCACGCGCAUGGAGAACCAGGCUGCUCUGGAGGCUCAGGAGCAGGAGAAGGACCGGCUCCGUCUGCCCCAGCAGAACCCGUCCCCAGUCCCUGGUAACCGGGGGGGCGGCUCACCCCGGUCUGACCGGACGCCUACUCCAGACCCCCAGAGUUCCCCGUCCCCAGCAGCCAGUUCUCCAGACCUCACUACAACCAGCGCCACAGGCUCCAUGCCUCAACUAAGGGCCCCUGACCAGGACCAGGACCAGGACCAAGCGGCAGACACACCAUCAAUCAAUGGGGAACCCGAGGGCAGCAAUGCUCCGAUGAAUGGAGGAGCAGAACCGGUCACACCAUCAAGAGAUUCAGUUUUUGAAGAUGAAGUUGUGGAGAUACCUACAGCUGCUCAGCCAGUUGAGGAAGGAGACAAACCAGAGAGCAACCCAAAUCCGGCAGAGUCAGAGGUGACUGAAGGAGAGGAGGGAGAGCAUCAGCCAACACAGAUACACAGUGGAACAGGAGGUGAGCACCCAGCCCACCCUGUCACUGAGCAGACAGAGGUGGCUCCCCCCAGAGUCAGAACAGAGAGGGAGCAGAUGAACGGCAUCAUCGAGGACCGCUCUUCUGUUUCCUCCACAGAUAUGCUGGAUGCUGAGGCCUUGCAGGGACCCCACAGUGCCGCCCGUUUCUCUCACAUCCUGCAGAAAGACGCCUUUCUGGUGUUCCGCUCUUUGUGCAAACUCUCCAUGAAGCCCCUUGCUGAUGGACCUCCAGACCCAAAGUCCCAUGAGUUGCGUUCCAAGAUUGUCUCCCUGCAGCUGCUGCUCUCUGUGCUGCAGGGCGCAGGGCCGGUGUUUCGCACCCAUGAGAUGUUUGUCAACGCCAUCAAACAGUAUCUGUGCGUGGCGCUGUCGAAAAAUGGCGUCUCCUCUGUGCCUGAGGUCUUUGAGCUCUCACUGGCUAUCUUCCUCACCUUGCUCUCCCACUUCAAAGUCCACCUGAAGAUGCAGAUUGAGGUGUUUUUCCGAGAAAUCUUUCUGACUAUCCUGGAGACAACGACCAGCUCCUUUGAGCACAAGUGGAUGGUUAUCCAGACACUAACACGCAUCUGUGCAGAUGCCCAGUGCGUGGUUGACAUAUACGUGAACUACGACUGUGACUUGAAUGCCGCCAACAUCUUUGAGCGCCUCGUCAACGACCUGUCAAAGAUUGCUCAGGGCAGGAGUGGUCAGGAGCUUGGGAUGACUCCUCUGCAGGAGCUGAGCCUUCGUAAAAAGGGUUUGGAGUGUCUGGUGUCCAUCCUCAAAUGUAUGGUGGAGUGGAGCAAAGACAUGUAUGUCAAUCCGAACCUUCAAGCUAACCUUGGCCAGGAGCAUCCAUCUGACAGUGAGGCAGGAGAGCUGAAGCUUCCAGAGCAACUGGCGGGACGUCGAGACAGCAUCAGCUCGCUGGACUCCACCGUCUCCUCCAGCGUCCCGAGCUCCCAGGCGGACCAUCCAGAGCAGUACGAGGUUAUCAAACAGCAGAAGGACAUCAUCGAGCACGGCAUCGAACUCUUCAACAAGAAGCCGAAGCGAGGUAUCCAGUACCUGCAGGACCAGGGCAUGCUGGGUACCACGGCCGAGGACAUCGCCCAGUUCCUACACCAGGAGGACAGACUGGACACAACCCAGGUGGGAGAGUACCUGGGCGAGAACAUCAAGUUCAAUAAAGAAGUGAUGUACUGCUACGUGGACCAGUUGGACUUUUGCGGACGGGACUUUGUCUCGGCACUCAGAGCGUUCUUGGAAGGUUUCCGGUUGCCUGGCGAGGCCCAGAAGAUUGACAGGCUGAUGGAGAAGUUUGCUGCUCGAUACCUAGAGUGCAACCAGGGACAGACUCUGUUUGCCAGUGCAGACACUGCCUACGUGCUGGCGUACUCCAUCAUUAUGCUCACCACAGACCUGCACAGUCCUCAGGUGAAGAACAAGAUGACAAAGGAGCAGUACAUCAAGAUGAAUCGUGGUAUUAACGACAGUAAGGACCUGCCUGAAGAGUAUCUAUCCUCCAUAUAUGACGAGAUCGCAGGGAAGAAGAUUGCCAUGAAGGAGAGCAAAGAGUUCUCAAUCACUCCUAAGUCCACCAAGCAGAGUGUAGCCAGUGAGAAGCAGCGUCGUCUGCUGUACAACAUGGAGAUGGAGCAGAUGGCGAAGACCGCUAAAGCUCUGAUGGAGGCCGUCAGCCACGCCCAGGCGCCCUUUUUUAGUGCUACACACCUGGAGCAUGUCAGGCCCAUGUUCAAGCUGGCAUGGACCCCCUUGCUGGCAGCAUUCAGUGUGGGACUGCAGGACUGUGACGACCCAGAGGUGGCCUCGCUGUGUCUGGAGGGCAUUCGGUGUGCCAUCAGGAUCGCCUGCAUCUUCAACAUGCAGCUGGAGCGAGAUGCGUAUGUCCAAGCCUUGGCCAGGUUCACCCUGCUGACGGCCAGUUCCAGCAUCACAGAGAUGAAGCAGAAGAACAUUGACACCAUCAAGACCCUGAUCACUGUAGCCCACACUGACGGAAACUACCUGGGCAACUCCUGGCAUGAGAUCUUGAGGUGCAUCAGUCAGCUGGAGCUCGCCCAGUUGAUCGGCACAGGGGUGAAGACGCGCUACAUCUCAGGGGUUGUCCGGGACAAAGAGGCCGGCAUCAAGGGCUUACCCUCCGGCACAGAGGAGUUCAUGCCCCUGGGGCUGGGUAACCUGGUGGGAAGUCAGGACAAGAGACAGAUGGCUCACAUCCAGGAGUCAGUAGGAGAGACCAGCUCUCAGAGUGUGGUGGUAGCUGUGGACAGAAUCUUCACUGGUUCCACCAGACUAGAUGGAAAUGCAAUUGUGGACUUUGUGCGGUGGCUGUGCGCAGUGUCCAUGGACGAGCUAGCCUCGGCGCACCAGCCGAGGAUGUUCAGCUUGCAAAAGAUUGUGGAAAUCUCUUACUACAACAUGAACCGCAUCAGGCUGCAGUGGUCUCGAAUUUGGCAGGUCAUAGGAGACCACUUCAAUAAGGUGGGCUGUAACCCCAACGAGGAUGUGGCCAUCUUUGCCGUGGACUCACUGAGGCAGCUGUCCAUGAAGUUCUUAGAGAAAGGAGAGCUGGCCAACUUCCGCUUCCAGAAGGACUUCCUCAGGCCUUUUGAGCACAUCAUGAAAAAGAACAGGUCCCCCACUAUCAGAGACAUGGUGAUCAGGUGUGUAGCUCAGAUGGUAAACUCCCAGGCAGCCAACAUCCGUUCUGGUUGGAAGAACAUCUUCUCAGUGUUUCACCAGGCAGCCUCUGACCAUGAUGAGACUAUAGUGGAGCUGGCCUUCCAGACCACUGGGCACAUUGUCAUGAACACCUUCCAGCAGCACUUUGCAGCUGCUAUUGAUUCCUUCCAAGAUGCAGUGAAGUGCCUGUCAGAGUUUGUGUGCAACGCAGCUUUUCCUGACACCAGCAUGGAGGCCAUCCGACUCAUACGACACUGCGCUAAAUACGUCUCAGAGAGGCCACAGACUCUGAGGGAAUAUACCAGUGAUGACAUGAACGUUGCCCCUGGUGAUCGGGUGUGGGUUCGGGGCUGGUUUCCCAUUCUGUUUGAGCUCUCUUGUAUCAUCAACCGCUGCAAGCUGGAUGUCCGGACCAGAGGUCUCACAGUUAUGUUUGAGAUCAUGAAGAGUUACGGUCACACCUUUGAGAAGCAUUGGUGGCACGACCUCUUUAGGAUCGUCUUCCGCAUCUUUGACAACAUGAAGCUCCCUGAGCAGCAGACAGAGAAAACCGAGUGGAUGACGACAACAUGUAACCACGCACUGUAUGCCAUCUGUGACGUGUUCACCCAGUUUUAUGAGCCUCUCAGUGAAAUCCUGCUGGUUGACAUUUUCACACAGCUACAGUGGUGUGUCAGGCAAGACAAUGAGCAGCUGGCCCGGUCGGGGACAAACUGUUUAGAGAACUUGGUGAUCCUGAACGGGGAGAAGUUCAGCUCCGAGGUCUGGAACAUCACCUGUUCCUGUAUGCUGGAGAUCUUCCAGAACACCAGCCCUCACGCUUUGUUGACUUGGCGACCGGCAGGACAGGACGAGGAAACUACGGAUGGCAAACAUCUGGAUGCUGAUUUUGACAGCCAGUCCCAGAGCAGCUACGACAGAGCUCUGUCUGAGAGAGGACACAGCCAGAUGUCCAGUGAUGACACCUGGAAGGGCAAGUCCAGUGCCAGAGUUUCGGACCAGAAGCUGUUUGCAGGGCUGCUGAUUAAAUGUGUGGUACAGCUUGAACUAAUCCAGACCAUAGACAACAUUGUCUUCUACCCAGCAACCAGCAAGAAGGAGGAUGCUGAGAACAUGGCUGCUGCCCAGCGAGAUGCUUUGGAAGAGUCGGAGGCUGAGGGCGGCGAGGCGGGUCCGGAGCAGGGUAUGUACAGACACAUGACCUCUGCACACCUCUUCAAGCUGCUGGACUGUCUGCUGGAGUCGCACACCUUUGCCAAGGACUUCAACUCCAACAACGAACAGAGGACAGCGCUCUGGAGGGCCGGCUUUAAAGGCAAAUCCAAGCCCAACCUUUUGAAGCAGGAGACCAGCAGUCUCGCCUGCAGCCUGAGGAUUUUGUUCAGGAUGUACUCUGACCAUCAGCUGCUGGACUCAUGGCCUGACAUCCAGACACGCCUGCUGCUGUGAGUACAACAUAUGACAU